UGCCGCCGCUGUGGAGACCGAAACCGCGAGCGGAAAGGACCCGAUGGAGGCCGCCCCUGACGGCCCCGAGGCCAUGGACACACAGGCGGGGUCGGUGGACGAGGAGAACGGGAGGCAGCUGGGAGAGAUCGAACUGCAGUGCGGCAUCUGCACCAAGUGGUUCACGGCGGACACCUUUGGCAUCGACACCACCUCCUGUUUGCCUUUCAUGACCAACUACAGUUUCCAUUGCAACGUUUGCCACCACAGUGGGAACACGUAUUUCUUAAGGAAGCAAGCAAAUCUCAAGGAAAUGUGCCUUAGUGCUCUGGCCAACUUAACGUGGCAGUCAAGGACACAAGAUGAGCAUCCAAAAACCAUGUUCUCCAAAGAUAAGGAUAUUAUUCCAUUCAUUGAUAAAUACUGGGAGUGCAUGACCACGAGACAGAGACCAGGGAAGAUGACUUGGCCUAAUAAUAUUGUCAAAACUAUGUGUAAAGAAAGAGAUGUGUUCUUAGUGAAGGAGCACCCAGACCCAGGGAGUAAGGAUCCUGAAGAAGACUACCCAAAGUUUGGGCUUCUGGACCAAGAUCUUGCCAAUAUUGGUCCUGCAUACGACAACCAGAAGCAGAACAACGCUGUGUCCACGAGUGGCAAUUUAAAUGGAGGCAUCGCCGCGGGAGGCAGCGGGAAAGGAAGGGGAGCGAAACGCAAACAGCAGGACGGCUCAACGACUGGAACAGCCAAGAAAACCAGGAGUGACCCGUUGUUCUCUGCGCAGCGUUUGCCACCCCACGGUUACCCCUUGGAGCACCCCUUCAACAAGGACGGCUAUCGUUACAUCUUGGCUGAGCCAGAUCCCCACGCACCCGACCCAGAGAAGCUGGAGUUGGAUUGCUGGGCAGGAAAACCGAUUCCUGGGGAUCUGUACAGAGCCUGCCUGUAUGAAAGGGUCCUCCUGGCGCUGCAUGACCGAGCUCCUCAGCUGAAGAUCUCAGAUGACAGGCUGACUGUUGUCGGGGAGAAGGGCUAUUCCAUGGUACGAGCGUCGCACGGGGUGAGGAAGGGAGCGUGGUACUUUGAGAUCUCCAUGGAUGAGAUGCCCCCAGACACAGCUGCCAGAUUAGGCUGGUCGCAGCCACUGGGGAACCUCCAGGCACCUCUGGGCUACGACAAAUUCAGUUACUCCUGGCGCAGCAAAAAGGGAACAAAGUUUCACCAGUCCAUAGGGAAGCAUUAUUCAUCUGGCUACGGACAGGGGGACGUUCUGGGCUUUUACAUCAGUCUUCCAGAAGAUACUGAGACUGCCAAGUCGCUGCCUGACACUUACAAAGAUAAGGCUUUGAUCAAAUUUAAAAGCUAUUUGUACUUUGAAGAGAAGGAUUUUGUGGACAAAGCAGAAAAGAGCCUGAAACAAGCGCCGGGAAGCCAGAUCAUAUUCUUCAAGAACGGCGCCAGCCAAGGAGUCGCUUUUAAAGACAUUUUUGAAGGAGUUUAUUUCCCUGCUAUUUCUUUGUACAAAGGCUGCACGGUUUCUAUCAACUUUGGGCCAUAUUUCAAGUACCCCCCCAGAGAUGUCACCUACCGCCCCAUGAGCGACAUGGGCUGGGGAGCUGUAGUGGAACACACGCUGGCAGACGUCCUGUAUCACGUGGAGACAGAAGUGGAUGGAAGACGAAGCCCCCCCUGGGAGCCUUGAAGCAAGCAGGGGCAGCACAAUAAGGCAGCGACUCAACCCAGGUGGAUUUUAUUCUGGAGGAAGGUGCAGCUCAGAACAACCCAUAACGAACAAACACGAAGCCAACGCAGCUCUGGGCAGCAGCUGCAGUGCGUGCUGGAGAUUCAUGCAGUGCCACUGUGCUGAGUCCAAGUCAAUGCUGUCCUAGUGUGUAUUGUGCUGUUUGUGAGCAUCUCUGCGAGGCUCCAAGAGCUCACAGUGUGGCUAGCUGAAGAAGCAACGACUGUGUUGAGAUCAUUUCCCAUCUGACUCACACCAGUCGUCGUUCAGUGGGACCAGGUGUGUGGUUGCACCCACCUGCUGUCUCCAUCCCUGCAGAAGCAACUCUGGCACUUCUGCUUAGCUGUGCUUGGCUAAAUCUCAACAGUUUCCAUCCAGGAUUGUGUUGUAACGAGACAACUGCAUGUAAGACUGAAAUUUGGGCUUCUGCCCAAGCUGGAUUUUUUUGUUUUUCUUUUGUUUUUUACAUAAACUGGCAGCCAGUUGAACCAUAAACUCUUCUUUUAAACUCUU